AUGUCAUCUGUCAAUGACACCAAAUUUAAAUCUGUAGUGUUCCUUCUCACUGGGAUACCACGUCAGAAAGACAUCUAUCUCUGGAUCUCUAUCCCCUUCUGCAUAGCGUAUGUUAUUUCGAUAUUAGGAAAUUCACUCAUUCUGUUCAUUAUAAAAACAGAUCGAAGCCUGCAUGAGCCCAUGUACAUUUUCCUUUCCAUGUUGGCCGUCACAGACCUUGGCAUAUCGGUAGUCACCAUGCCGACGAUAGUGGGCAUAUACUUGUUUAACUCUAGGGAGAUCAGCCUUGAUGCCUGUUUUACCCAGCUGUUCUUCAUCCAUUUCCUUCAAUGCACUGAAACCUCCAUGCUCUUGUUGAUGGCUUUUGACCGCUUCAUUGCAAUCCGACACCCGCUGAGAUAUACCUCCAUCUUAACUCUGCCAACAAUCGCUAAGAUGGGACUGAUGAUUUUGCUAAGAGGGAUAGUCAUAAUACUACCACUUCCCUUUCUCCUAAAACAGUUCCGAUACUGUCGAGACAAUGUCCUCUCCCAUUCCUACUGCCUGUACCAGGACGUCAUGAAGACGGCUUGUUCCGAUAUCACAGUCAACAGCAUCUAUGGAUUGUUUACUAAACUUUUACUGAUGGGUGUGGACUCACUGCUCAUUUUCCUCUCUUACGUGAUGAUCCUCAAAACAGUGCUGAGCAUCGCAUCCCAUGAGGAGUGCCUCAGGGCCCUGAACACCUGCGUCUCCCACCUCUGCGCCGUCCUGCUCUUCUACACACCAGAGAUCAGCUUGUCUGUGAUACACAGAUUUGUGAAGGGCUCUUCUCCCUUGCUUCAGAUUCUCCUGGGCUACAUGUCCCUGCUUCUCCCACCGCUGAUGAACCCAAUUGUGUACAGCGUGAAAAGCAAACACCUUCGUGCGAGGAUAAUCAGGGUGUUUGUCAAGUGA